AUGGAAUGGGGAGUCAUCAUGUUGCAUGGCCGUACUGACCUCUUCAUUUCUGUGUGUGAAACUAUUACUAAUCAGCGUUACUCUGGCGAGAUACUCCUCCCUCAUGUGAAUCUUAUCAGGUCUGCAAUUGGCCUUGAAUCUGUGUUUAUGAGUUACAAUACGAGACCUCAUCGAACAGCGCAGGAGAAGGAGCUUUUGGAACGAGAUGAUAUCCGGCUAAUGGAAUGGCCUGCCGGUUCCCUCGACCUAAAUCCAUCGAGCACAAGUGAUGGCGUAGCAGCACGUCCAAAUGCAUCCAUCACUAUCCAGCCAAUGUCAAAUGCGCUGAUAGAGGAAUAA